ACAUGUAGGUAAUGAUUAUCUGUGCAACUGUUACACAGCUGAUUGCGAUAACAAUACUAACAAUAGUAAUUUAUUUCCCCAUGAUUGGAUUGGUCGAGUUGAAAAAUAAACAAAGAGCUAGUGUAUGAAGAAAACUGGUAAUAUUACAAUAAAUUAUCCAGUCCGAAAAAGUCGGCUGUGAUGAAAUUUCAUUUCAUUUUACUUGUGGCACAGUAAUACUCUUAAAAUGAAUAAGAUUCUGUUGUUGAUAUCUGUGUUUCUUACUUAUUGUUGGGGAGACGAUGAAUUGAUAUCUGUUGUUGUCAUAUUCAGACAUGGAGCCCGAACUCCUAUUGAUCCAUACCCUAAUGACCCCUACAAAAAUUCAUCGUUUUGGCCUGCAGGAUUUGGACAAUUAACUAAUGAGGGGAAAAAACAACAUUUUGAGCUUGGACAGUGGAUUAGGCAGCGAUAUUCGAAUUUUAUGCCACCUGUUUACUCAGAAAGGGAUAUUUAUGUUCGUUCAACAGACGUAGAUCGUACACUUAUGUCAGCAGAAGCAAAUUUAGCUGGUUUUUAUCCACCUCAAAAGGAAUUUCAAUCAAAUUUAACAUGGCAACCUAUACCUGUGCACACAGUUGAAGAAACUGAAGAUGAAAUACUAUCCAUGAAGAAACCAUGUCCAAAGUAUAAUAAGAUGCUAGGAGAAUUAUUCAAUCAACAAUUCUUUCUGAAUAUUUCCCACAAAUAUCAUGAGUUAUAUGCUUAUUUGACUAAUAAAACUGGAGCAUUAGUUAAUACUCCAGAUUCUGUUGAAUAUGUUUAUAAUACUCUAACAAUCGAACAAAGUUACAAUUUUACACUUCCAAGUUGGACUAACAAAGUAUUCCCUGAAAAAAUGGAAUAUCUUGCAUCCCUCUCUUUUGCUGUAGAAGCUUAUACUCCACAACUAGCUAGACUGAAAACAGGACCGUUAUUCAAUUUAAUAACUGAGCAUUUCAAAAAUAUGACUUCAUAUUCCUAUGAGCAUCAUAAUCAUUCCACUGAAAAUAAAUGGAAUAGAAAAUUUCUCAUGCUUUCGGCACAUGAUACAACAAUAGCAAAUGUUCUCAAUUCAAUGGGGCUGUUCGAUAUGCAUUGUCCACCAUUUGCAGCUACCAUUAUAUUUGAACAGAGGAAACGUACUAAUAAUAGUACUUACCUCAAUUUAUUUUACAAAAAUUCUAGUAAUCCAAUUCAAUUGUGUUUGAAAGGUUGUGAAUUAGAUUGUGAUUUAAAAACAUUUAUCGAAAUUAUGAAACCAAUCAUUGUAAAUCCUGAAACAUGGAGAAAUGAAUGUGAACUUAGCUGGUUUGAUUAUAGUGGAUCUCUACUAUUUUCAUUUUGUAGUUUAAUAUUGAUCUCAUUAGUAUUAAUUUGUGCCAUAAAAUGCUUGAUAAUUGAAAAAAAAAUUAAUAGAUCAAUGUAUGAACAAAUAUCAAGUGAAGAUGAUUUUAUUGUGAACAAUAAAAUAUAGAAAACAAAAACUGCA